AUGACGGUUAAUGUUGGAUAUGAGACUCGGACCCCACUCUGGCUUGACUGCGACCCUGGCCAUGAUGAUGCGUUCGCAAUUCUGAUUGCUGCUCUACACCCUGCUUUGGAGCUACUUGGAAUCACAACCAUUCAUGGCAAUGCCUCUCUAGCAAAGACUACCGCGAAUGCUGGGAGUAUUCUGGAAGCCAUCGGCCGCCCAGAGGUUCCUGUGUAUCCGGGAAGCGGAAAGCCUUUCUCACGGCCCGCUCUUCAUGCCCCAGACAUUCAUGGUGAAUCGGGCCUUGAUGGAACAGACCUUCUUCCUAAGGCCUCCGUGGCACCAAUUACAGAUAAGAACCCGAUCUUAGCUAUGCGGGAUGCACUUUUAGCUCAACCUAAAGGUACUCCGUGGGUUGUAGCCACUGGUACUUUGACUAAUGUUGCUCUGUUAUUUGCAACGUUUCCUGAGGUUGUGGAUCACAUCGCUGGCCUGAGUAUCAUGGGAGGUGCCGUCGGCAAUGGGUUCACAGAUGCUCCUAUGAGCAGGCUGCCAGGUGAAAAAUCACGUAUUGGAAAUGUGACUCCCUGGGCUGAGUUCAAUCUUUAUUGCGAUCCCGAAUCCUCGGAGGCAAUUUUCAGCAAUCCUCCAUUGGCAGCCAAGACAGCUAUAAUGAGCUUGGACUUGACUCACCAAGUGCUUGCCUCGCCGGAAAUUCAAACCCGCAUUUUGCAUGGUGGCAAAGACGCAUCUGAAGAACCGACAGUUAUUCGACAAAUCCUACAUGCUCUUCUGCUCUUCUUUGCGGGAACGUAUGAGAAGGUCUUUGGUUUGUCUACUGGUCCGCCACUGCAUGAUCCUCUAGCGGUGGCCGUGAUACUGUCAAACCUUAACCCAGCUUUCGCACAGAAACAUCCAGACCAAGUUAUCAAAUUUGAUGAUAAAGGAGGCGAAAGAUUCGCUGUCAGUAUUGUCACUGAUGGUCAGCACGGUCAAGAUGUGUCUACCACAGGCCAACUGGGACGCUCGUUGGCUGCUCCAGUCGAGGGACCUGGUGUUGCUAUUCCCCGUGGUGUCGACCUUGAGGCAUUCUGGAACUUGAUUCUGGAGUGUGUGCAGCUCGCCGACGACAGCAAUGCAGCUCGUGGAAAAUAA